AGGAAAAUUGAACCAUUUCUUUUAUAAUAUAUUUAAUUACUGAUCCUUUUAAAACCCUAGAUCAUACGCGAUACGACAUUUAGCAUCAGUUUUUCUUGACCAGUAUCUGCUUCCGAACAUUUAAUUUGGGAGAUAAGUGUAGCUUUGUGAGAAAAAAAAGGGAAAAAAACAAAGAAGGAAAAGGAAACAGAAAGAAACUUGGGGUUGUUGUUGCUACCCCUUUGCCAAUAUCGAGUUUUGGGAGGGCAAAGAGGGUAGUGAAAAGCAGAGAUGGCUGAUCUAUGGAGUUCGUUUUGUGGGUGUUCAGAUGGCAGUGACAAGAAUUGUGAUUCAGAUUUGGUUUUUAUCACAAAUCCUUCUUCGUGCAUGAAUCAUAUUUUGAUCAUUUGUUUCGAUUUAUUGCUCCUCGGAAUGUUACUUCUCAACCUGUUUUACAAGUCACCAUUGAAACCCGGUAAUAGGAAAUCACGUUUGCAGUUAGUUUCUGCAGUCUUUAAUGGUUUACUGGGUACUUUGUACUCAUGUGUGGGCUUUUGGACAUUGAAGACCACAAUAAGCACAACCCACACUGUUCUUCCUUUGCAUGAAUGGCUACUAUUCUUGUUUCAUGGACUAACAUGGUUAGCAGUCUCACUAACUGUGAGUCUCUGGGGAAAGAAUUUCGCAAAAACCCCGGUUCAGCUUAUGUCAAUAGUUGCUUUUCUAUUUGCUGGGAUCUUUGGCAUCUUAUCUUUUAUAUAUUCCAUUCUCAACAAAAGGGUGUCAAUCAAGAUAGCUUUGGAUGCAUUGUCUUUCCUAGGAGCAACAUUGCUAUUAUCAUGCACUUAUAAGGGCUACAAAUAUGAAGAAACGGAUGAAAAAGGUCUUUAUACCCCCUUGAAUGGCGAGACUAAAGGCAUCAAAGAAGGUUAUGAUGACAAUCUUACCCCACUUGCCAAAGCUGGGUUUCUCAAUGUAAUGUCGUUUUGGUGGUUGAAUCCAUUGAUGAAACUGGGUAGUGAGAAAACCCUCCAAGAAAAAGAUAUGCCCAAGUUGUGCAUUGAAGAUAGAGCGGAAUCGUGUUAUUUGACUUUUUUGGACCAAUUAAAUAAGCAAAAACAUUUGCAUUCGUCGUCUCAGCCAUCGACUCUAAGGACAAUAGUGAUGUGCAAUUUGAAAGAGCUUCUAAUAUCUGGAUUCUUUGCAUUGAUGAAAAUAAUUACAGUUUCUGCCGGCCCUCUUUUUCUUAAGUCUUUCAUCAGGGUUGCCGAAGGUAAUGAUAGUUUUAGCGGCGAAGGUUAUGUGUUAGCUUUAGGACUUUUCUUUUCUAAGAUCUUGGAGUCCUUAUCACAAAGGCAAUGGGACUUUAGGUGUAGACUUAUUGGCAUAAGAGUUAGAUCCUUGCUUACAGCAGCCAUAUAUAAGAAACAAUUGAACUUAUCUAAUGCUGCCAAGAUUACACAUUCGGCUGGUGAGAUUAUGAACUAUGCCACUGUGGAUGCUUAUAGAAUAGGGGAGCUUCCUAAUUGGAUCCAUCAGAGUUGGACAACCAUUCUCCAGCUUAUCUUCGCUCUAGCUAUUCUUUUCCAAGCUGUAGGUUUGGCUACAUUUGCAUCUUUGGGGGUCAUAAUAUUUACGGUCAUUUGCAACGCCCCACUUGCUAAAUUACAGCAUCAGUUCCAAUCUAAGCUAAUGAUUGCACAAGAUGAGAGGCUUAAAGCAAUCUCAGAGGCUCUUGUGAAUAUGAAGGUGUUAAAACUUUAUGCAUGGGAAAUUCAUUUUAAGGGUGUGAUUGAAAAGUUGAGGACAGUGGAAGAUAAGUGGUUGUCAGCUGUUCAGCUUCGUAGAGCUUAUAAUAGCUUUCUUUUCUGGUCGUCUCCUCUUUUGGUCUCAACUGCUACUUUUGGGGCCUGCUACUUUAUUGGGAUUCCUUUGAAUGCUAGCAACGUUUUCACAUUUGUAGCAACUUUACGUCUGGUUCAAGACCCUAUUAGAACUAUCCCUGAUGUUAUCGGGUUUAUCAUUCAAGCAAAAGUGGCUUUUUCCAGAAUCUUGAAUUUUCUUGAGGCACCUGAGCUGGAGAGUGCUCAUGUGAGGCAGAAGGUGAACAAGGCCGGUCUGGAUUAUAACAUCUUGAUUGAGUCUGCGAGUCUUUCAUGGGAAGAGAACCUAGUGAAGCCUACUCUACGAAAGAUAAACUUACGGGCCAGAUUGGGCGAAAAGAUUGCUAUUUGUGGAGAGGUUGGCUCAGGCAAGUCAACCCUUUUAGCAGGAAUUCUUGGAGAGGUUCCAAUAAUCGAGGGAACUCUUCAAGUAUAUGGGAGCAUUGCGUAUGUUUCUCAGUCAGCUUGGAUUCAAACGGGUAGUAUUCGGGAUAAUAUUUUGUUUGGAUCUGCUAUGGAUGAACAGAGAUACCAAGAAACAAUAGAGAAGUGUUCUUUGGUGAAGGAUCUUGAGCUGCUAAUGUAUGGUGAUCUCACCGAGAUAGGAGAGAGAGGAGUUAAUCUCAGCGGUGGACAGAAGCAAAGGAUUCAACUCGCUCGUGCUUUAUAUCAGGAUGCUGAUAUCUAUCUCUUGGAUGAUCCUUUCAGUGCCGUGGAUGCACACACUGCUUCGAGCUUAUUUAAUGAAUUUGUUAUGGAAGCUCUUUCCAGGAAGACCGUUUUGCUUGUAACUCACCAAGUCGAUUUCCUUCCUGCAUUUGACUCUGUUCUAUUGAUGUCAGAUGGGGAAAUCCUAGCUGCGGCUCCUUAUCAUCAACUGAUGGGAUCGAGCCGAGAAUUCCAGGAUUUGGUGAAUGCACACAAAGAAACUGCAGGUUCUGAAAGGCUUGCAGAGGUUAGCUCUUCCACAAAGUGGAUAACAUCAAUCAAAGACGUUACGAAUGCUCGUACAAACAAAACAUCUGGAGCAUCCGGGGACGAUCAAUUGAUCAAGAAAGAAGAGAUGGAAGAAGGGGACACUGGUUUGAGACCUUACAUACAAUAUCUAAGUCAAAAUAAAGGCUACCUUUUCUUCUCCAUAGCUGCACUCUCGCACGUUAUCUUCGUGGCAUGUAAUGUAUGUCAGAACUCAUGGAUGGCUGCAAAUGUCGACAACCCUGAAAUCACCACUCUGAAAUUGAUAGUCGUUUACUUAGCUAUUGGGGUUACGGCAAUGGUGUUUCUGCUCAGUAGAUCACUCUUCACAGUUGCAUUGGGCUUGCAGUCUUCAAAAUCCAUUUUUUCCCAGCUACUUAUCUCUCUUUUUCGGGCACCAAUGUCGUUUUAUGAUUCUACCCCUUUGGGUAGGGUACUGAGCAGGGUCUCGGUUGAUUUGAGUAUUAUUGAUCUUGAUAUUCCGUUCAAUCUUAUAUUUGCUCUUGCUGCCACCACAAAUUUCUAUUCUAAUAUGGGGGUGCUAGUCUUUGUUACCUGGCAAAUCUUGUUUGUCUCGAUACCUCUAGUUUAUGUGGCACUUCGUUUGCAGAGAUACUACUUCUCCUCUGCGAAAAUGCUUAUGCGGAUCAAUGGGACAACAAAAUCUUUGGUGGCAAACCAUCUUGCAGAAUCUGUGGCAGGAGCCAUGACAAUAAGAGCAUUUAAACAAGAAGAUCGUUUCUUUUUGAAAAAUCUUGAUGUUGUUGACAUAAAUGCUAGUCCUUAUUUGCACAGUUUUGCUGCUAACAAUUGGUUGAUUCAACGGUUAGAAACAAUCAGCGCAACCGUUCUAUCAGCUUCAGGACUCUGCAUGGUGUUGCUUCCUCCUGGAACUUUUAGUUCUGGUUUCAUUGGAAUGGCGAUGUCUUAUGGGCUUUCCUUAAACAUGUCCCUUGUUAUGUCGAUCCAAAACCAGUGCACGUUGGUAAACUAUAUCAUUUCAGUCGAAAGGGUCAAUCAGUACAUGCAUUUACCAAGUGAAGCUCCAAUAGUGAUCGAAAAGAAUCGCCCCCCUACUAAUUGGCCGAAUGUUGGUAAAGUUGAUAUUCAAGAUUUGCAGAUUAGGUACCGACCCGAUACACCUCUUGUUCUUCGUGGGGUCACUUGUACAUUUCAAGGCGGACACAAGAUUGGUAUUGUUGGGAGGACUGGUAGCGGCAAAACUACUCUCAUUAGUGCUUUAUUUCGUCUGGUGGAACCCAUUGGGGGGAAAAUUGUUGUCGAUGGGAUAGAUAUUUCUACUGUUGGACUUCAUGAUUUAAGGUCACGAUUCGGGAUUAUACCUCAAGAUCCUACACUUUUCAAUGGAACAGUUAGAUAUAAUUUGGAUCCCUUAUGUCAACAUACAGAUCAAGAAAUAUGGGAGGUUCUUGGAAAGUGUCAGCUUAAAGAGGCGGUUCAGGAUAAAACAGGCGGCCUGGAUUCGAUAGUGGUCGAAGAUGGAACAAAUUGGAGCAUGGGGCAACGACAGUUGUUCUGCUUGGGGCGUGCGUUGUUAAGACGUAGCAAGAUUUUGGUGCUGGAUGAAGCAACUGCAUCCAUCGACAAUGCUACAGACACAAUGUUACAAGAAACUAUCAGAUCUGAGUUUGCUGAUUGCACCGUCAUCACAGUGGCUCACCGGAUACCAACCGUGAUGGAUUGUACCAUGGUCCUAACCAUGAGCGAUGGAAAAAUAGCGGAAUAUGAUGACCCGAUGAAGCUGAUGAGAAGUGAUGAUUCGUUGUUUGGACAGCUUGUGAAGGAAUACUGGUCCCAUUCUUAAUCUGCAGAACUCCUUGAAGCCUUUAUUUGACACUGAUGUCCACCAUUUGAUUAAGAAUGAUCUUAUUAUACGCGAAUAAAAACUUAGAGAGAUGUAUAUAUACAUAUAUAUAUAUAUAUAUAUACGCGUAUGAAUUCUUUCGACAACCCAUGAUCCUUUUGUAGGUUAACUUGGAUCGGGGGGGUCGUUAAACCGUGCUCAAAAUGUUCCUGUAACGAUAUUCACUUUAAUGGUUAGUAUUCACAA